CAUCUCUGUUUUUCUCCUUAGCGCUGUACGCGGUGAAAGUGCGCGCUGAAGCCAUGCAAAAGGCGUCGGAAGCUGUCCCCAGCGGAAUGCUAUCGGUUGUUGGUCGGCGAGAGGCAAAUUACAAAUUUGCCUGCUUGGAAGCCCGUAAACACUGUGAAUCGCUGGGUAUAGAAAACCCCGUAUGUGUAAUUUCAAACUAUUUGUUUCCAGACAGCAGAAUCAUUGCAGGACACUUACAGGCUUUGGAGUUCUUGCAGGAGAAUGCCCGAAAAUACUAUUUUACGCGUACAAAAAUGCUUCCGGUCAGUGGGGCUUUUCAUACCAGACUUAUGGAACCAGCAGUAGAGCCAUUGGCUGAAGUCCUAAAAUCAAUUGAGAUUCAGAAACCCCUGGUCUGUGUCUAUUCCAAUGUUGAUGGCAAAAAGUACAUGCACUCAAAGCACAUUCAGAAGCUGUUAGUGAAGCAGGUGGUUUCACCUGUGAUGUGGGAGCAGACCAUGCAUUCUGUAUACGAAAGAAAGCAAGGAACAGAAUUUCCUUACACGUACGAAGUGGGGCCUGGGAAGCAACUAGGAGUCGUUCUCAAAAAAUGUAAUGUAAAGGCCUGGAAACAAUAUAACCAUGUAGAUGCUCUGGAAGAUGAGGAAGCAGCAGACACCUAA